AUGAGGGCAUACUGGUUCGAUAACCAAGAGGGCGACCAACGCCAGACGCACGACUCCGGCCGCGAUGUCGACCCCUCGUACCUCGCCAGCCUAGGCGUUCUGUACUACCGCUGCCCGCAAGUAUCGGAAGUCGACGCCAUCGCCAAAGACCGCGACUAUAAGAACAGGGACGUCAUCACCGUGUCGCCCGACGCCAUGGGCCCUGUCUACGAGGACAAGGUCAAGAUGUUCUUCGCAGAACACCUCCACGAGGACGAGGAGAUCAGAUACAUCCGCGACGGCGCAGGGUACUUUGACGUCCGAAGCGAGAACGACGACUGGGUGCGCAUCAGGCUUGAGAAGGACGACAUGAUUAUUCUGCCUGCUGGCAUAUACCAUCGAUUUACUACGGAUGAAAAUAACUAUAUUCAAGCCAUGCGACUUUUCAAGGACGAACCCAAGUGGACCCCAUUGAACAGAGGUGCCGAGACCGAUGUGAACCAGCACCGCAAAGCAUACCUGCAGACGAGAGAGGCCGCGCCAGUCGCUGUGUCGUGA